AUGCCCUUUCUGGUAAUUUCCGACGACCGAACUAUCCUACUCAACCUUAAACAGCAUUGGGGGAAUCCUCCAUGGACACAGUCCUGGAACUCUACGUCCUCGCCGUGUGGCUGGCCGGAGAUUCAGUGCACCGGCGGCUCUGUCACCGGAUUGCAUCUCCAUAACAAAAACAUCACGAAUUCAAUCCCGCUGUCGAUCUGUGACCUCAAGAACCUCACCGUCCUUGACCUUUCCUACAAUUACAUCACCGGCAACUUUCCUACUGUUCUCUACAAUUGCUCCGGUCUCCAAUCCCUAGACCUCUCCGGUAACUACUUCAUCGGCCCAAUCCCCUCCGACAUCGACCGGAUGUCGUCUCUCCAAGUCAUCCACAUCGCCUACAGCAAUUUCUCCGGCGACAUUCCGCCGGCCAUAUGCCGGUUGCCGGAGCUACAGAUUUUCUACCUCUACCGAAACCAGUUCAACGGCACGUUUCCAGCAGAAAUCGGAAACCUGUCGAACCUGGUGGAACUAGAUAUGGCUGAAAACUCUCUGUUUUUGCCGGCGAGAAUACCGCCGGAGUUCGGCAAGUUGAACAAUUUGGUAUUCUUGUCGAUGCGUACGACUAACUUGAUUGGCAAAAUACCGGAAAGUUUUGCGAGUCUAUACAAUCUUCAAAUCUUGGAUCUUGCAAUCAACAAUUUGACAGGUUCAAUUCCUCUGGAGCUGUUUCAAUUGAAGAAUUUGACUUUUGUGAGUUUAACCAAAAAUCAUUUGUUGGGUGAAAUUCCAACUCCAAUUAAAUCAUCGAACUUGUUUAGAUUGGACUUGUCAGAGAACAAUUUCACAGGUUCAAUUCCUCGAGAACUUUUUCAAUUGGAGAACUUGAGUUUUGUGUACUUGAACAAAAAUCAAUUGUCAGGUGAAAUUUCAAUUCCAAUUGAGUCACUGAAAUUGACUGAAUUGGACUUGUCAGUGAACAAUUUGACAGGGUCAAUACCAAUGGAUUUUUGGAAGUUGCAACAGUUGACGCACCUAAUUUUGUUUUCAAAUAAUUUUUCCGGUUGCCUAUAUUAA